AUGGAUAGAAUAUUUUACAGCUCACCCUUGAUUCGGGACCCUUUGACAAAUUAUCCCAUAUAUAUUUUCGAUACUUCAUACUUGCCACCCACUGAGUCCAUAGACUAUGACACACUAAUACCGGUGCUAGUUCAGAAGCUUCCAUCAAGACCAUAUGUAUUGGUGAUGUUCUCAUCUGGUUUGAACAAGAUCAGUUGGGUUUGGGGGUUAAAGUUUGUCAAGAGCUUCAUGAGUAAUGCCAUCAACUUGAACAAUUUGGUCAAGAUUUUCACGGUCCACGAUUCAUGGUUUAUCAAGUCUGUUACUUCAGUCAUACACAACUACCACACGACAAAACACAACAUCGGAGCCAUCAACUACAUGUUGGAUGCAUUUGCUAUUCAACCAAAGGGACAACGCCAUACGGAUGUAGUACAUUGUCGCACAUUGAGUGAAUUGAGUCACUAUUUGAAUAUCACCUUGUUGAAAAUAUCCUUGAAUAUCUUCAAGUACGAUUUGCAAUUGGAGAAUGAGCUAAGUUUAUCAUUUAAAGUACCACCAGUCAUCAACCCUCAUGUUUUAUUAUCUCCUCAAACAAACCCUGCAUUUUAUCACCAUGUCUAUCAACUACUCAAUAUUAUUCAUACCCACUGUUGUAAAAAGGAAUUGAUUUUUUACGCUCCAGGGAAGAGAGAAAAUAUAGAUAUUCUAUACCAGUGCAUAAAGCGGAAUCAACUCGUUUGGAUCAAUGAUUGGGACUUAUAUUGCAUUGCCACUGUCUUUAAGAAGAUUUUGCUGGACUUACCAUUUGCUCUUAUUCCAUACAAGUUUAUAUUACUACCGAUACAAGAUGAUUUUGAGUAUACCCAAGCAAUAUUCAACGCCAUCAUAACCUCACAUCAACAAUAUACCAAAACCAUCAAUUACGAUCAGUUAUUGUUGCAAAUAUUUCAAAUUUUCUCAGUACUAGUGUCCAAUGAGGAAUUGACAAAGCAUAAUACUACUACUAUAGCCAAAUCUAUGGCUCAUUGCUUAUCUCAUGAAAUUGUAUCAACAAACACAAGCCACGUUCUCGUGGUUCAACGAUUCAUCAAGAAUGUGUUGCAAUACUGGGAUGAAGUAAAAAUUUCAUAUGAUUUCCCAUCGAUUACAGAAGUCCUUAGUGGAAAAAUCCAAUCCAACAACAUGGAACUUACUUAUGAAAUGAGCUACGAGGUCACAUAUGAUGAUGAGGAUGAGGAUGAGGAAGGAAGCAAUUUUGAGAACCAGGUCCUAUUCAAUACGAGUAAUAUUUUGGAUCCAAACUCAGAUUUGCAGCUAGAUGAAUGCAAAAAUGACCAAUUACAUUUUGAUCGCGAAAAUAGAUUAGGCAGGAUGGGAUCACGCAAAGGUUCUGACAAUGUUGAGAAUCUUGUUGAUAACGUCUUAUCAAAACCACCUCGACCUCCUCCUAGAACUAACUCAACCACAAAUAGAGACCUUUCACCUAGCAAAACUCGUCAACCAAAGAGCAUGCCACCACCACCACCACCAACACCACCGCCAGCAACAACAUCAACACAUAUUCCCACGUCAAGAUUAUUCAAGAAGGAAGAAGCACUUACGCUAUUACCUCUAGAUAUUAGCGACGAAACACACCACAAUUCAAACACCACUACCUCUGAAGUUUCGACUAGACCCAAGGAACAUUAUGAUAGCAUAACGAAUGAUGAAAAUGUUGCACCUGAAUCAGUGUUCCAUGGCAACCACCAACUCUUGCAUCCGCCACCGCGACUGCCUAGAUCGGCUAAACUGACAUCAACGACGUUGUCAAAUGUCUCCAAUCUUCAAUUACAAUUCCCACCUCAAAAGUAUCAUUUCACCAAACCAAAACUGACAACUCGUGUCACAACUGGUGCAAUUGUUUCUGCAAACGCAGCUACUACCACAUCAGAUACAUCACACGUCAAUCCACAGGGGCAAGUUGACCUUGAGCUUCAAGACCUGGCUACAGCAUCCUCACUUCAGAAGAAGAAAAAGAAACCGGUGAUUAGGGGGCGUAAAGUCUCCCAAUUGGCGAAACUAUUUGAAGAACGUUCACAAGGGUUGGAAAUAUUGAACAGUAUGUGA